AAGAAAGAAAAAUUAAGUUACCAAAACCUCCUAAUGGAGGAGGAGGAAGGUUCUGUGGAAAACAUAUAAAUAAGUCAAAGAAUAAACAAAAGGAGCAAAGACAAAACAGCCCAUUCAAAAAAAACUUAAUAUGGGGAAUUUUUUUCUUCUUUAUAGUGAGCAGUGACAUAACAUAAGCCUUCAUCUCUAUAGUGCUACACUCCUUUCACAUUCAAAUGGAAUCUCAAUCCUUCUCAGGAGCAAGUGUUCUUAUUAUAUUUAGAGUGGUGCUGCUAAUAUGGGUGGCUUUGGCUCAAAGUGUUGGGGCAAAAACUGAUGAUGGGUGGUGCCAUUUUCCGGCCAUAUUCAACUUUGGAGACUCAAAUUCAGACACAGGUGGUCUCUCAGCUGCAUUUGGACAAGCCCCUUUUCCCAAUGGAGAGACCUAUUUCCACACUCCUUCUGGACGCUACUCUGAUGGUCGUCUUGUCAUUGAUUUCAUUGCUGAGAAGUUGGGAUUACCUCAUCUCAGUGCUUACUUGGAUUCAUUGGGGUCGAGCUUCAGCCAUGGAGCCAACUUUGCCACUGCUGGAUCAACCAUUAGACCUCAAAACACAACCAUUUCCCAGAGUGGCUAUAGUCCAAUUUCCUUAGAUGUCCAAUUUGUUCAAUUCACAGAUUUUCGUAGCAGAACCUUAAAUCUUCGCAAGAAAGGACAUCAAUUUGAGAAAUUGUUACCCAGGGAAGAGGACUUUUCUAAGGCCCUAUACACUUUUGACAUUGGCCAAAAUGAUCUCACUGCUGGUUACAAACUCAACCUGACCACUGAACAAGUUAAGGCUUAUGUUCCUGAUGUGCUGAGUCAAUUUUCUAAAGUUAUAAAGGGUGUUUAUGGUCUAGGUGGAAGAUCAUUUUGGAUACACAACACAGGCCCAGUGGGCUGUCUACCUUAUGUUUUGGACCGGUUCCUUGUGACAGCAGCCCAAAUCGAUAAAUUUGGCUGUGCUACUCCAUUCAAUGAUGUGGCCCAAUUUUUCAAUAGUAAACUAAAAUCAACUGUGGCCCAACUCAGGAAAGAUCUCCCAUUGGCUGCAAUCACCUAUGUGGAUGUCUACUCAGUUAAGUACACCCUCAUCAGCCAAGCAAAGAAAUUUGGAUUUGAGCAUCCACUUGUGGCAUGUUGUGGCCAUGGUGGAAAGUAUAAUUAUAAUAGAUUCAACAAGUGUGGGAGCAAGAAAAUUAUCAAAGGCAAAGAGAUUGUGACUGCAAAAUCAUGUGCCGAUCCGACGGUCAAGAUUAUUUGGGAUGGGACUCAUUUCACUGAGGCAGCUAACAAGUUGAUAUUCAACCACAUUGCUAAUGGUUCAUUUUCUGACCCACCAAUUCCAUUGGAAAUAUCCUGCCAUAUUAGGGACCAAUGAGUCCCCCCCUACAUUGCUAUUUUCUUUUCUCAAAUCCCUUUUCUAUCUUCCAAAAGAUGACAAGUGAACCAACUUUUUUUAUGUGGAAUUGUACCAUCUUACUUCUAUGAAAAGUGUUAAUGGGCUUUGUUUUGGCAAAA